CAACCUAAGUAUUAUUCUUAUUUUAAUCAGUGUAGUGAACUAGUGAUCGCUCCCUUGUUCUUCAAUGGCGAUUCCAAGGUUUAGCUCUCUGCUGCGGUUUAGAAAAUUGGCUAAAAGCGACUGGCUUGUCGCUUCAAUCGGAUUUGUAUUAAUCGUAUUUUUCCUCUCUUUCUUCUUCGAUCCCACGUCAGACUCUACCACCCCCUCCGUUGACCGAUCUCUGCCUAUCAGCGAUCUGGUUAAAUUGAAGUUGUCGAGUAAAGCUAAAGAGAGAGGAGCUUUUUGUUUGGAUGGAAGCUUACCUGGGUACCAUUUUCAUGAGGGUUCUGGAUCUGGCUCCAAAAGCUGGCUUGUUCAUUUGGAGGGUGGAGGCUGGUGUAAUACUAUUGCGUCAUGUUCUGCUCGAGCAAUGACUAAAUUAGGUUCUUCCAAUUACUUUGAACAAGAAGUGGCCUUUCAAGGUGUUUUAAGCACUGACCCAUCUCAAAAUCCUGAAUUCUUUAACUGGAACAAGGUUGCGGUAAGGUACUGUGAUGGUGCUUCGUUUGCUGGACAUCCUGAAGCUGAGUUUAAGAAUGAAACACGGCUUUUCUUCCGGGGUCAGCUCAUUUGGGAGGCUAUUAUUGAUGAACUGUUGUCAAUGGGCAUGUCAGAUGCAAAACGGGCCAUACUUACAGGAUGUUCUGCUGGUGGCUUGGCAACUCUUAUACAUUGUGAUUACUUUCGAGAUCAUCUUCCAAAAGAUGCAUCUGUUAAAUGUGUUUCUGAUGGAGGCUUCUUUCUCAACGUGCCUGAUGUCCUUGGAAACCCAAAAAUGAGAUCUUUCUAUCAUGAUGUUGUUAACCUCCAGGGCGUAGGUAAGAGCUUGGAUCAGAAAUGUGUUGCCAAAAUGGAGCCAUCUAUGUGUAUGUUUCCUCACGAAUUCCUGAAAUACAUUAAAACUCCAGUGUUUCUUGUCAACCCAGCCUACGAUUUUUGGCAGAUUCAAAAUGUCUUAGUACCAAUUUCUGCGGAUCCAGAUAAACGUUGGGCAAAGUGCAGACUCAAUAUUAAGGACUGUGAUGCCGCACAGAUGAAAGUUCUACAAGGUUUCCGCAGUUCUCUGAUGGAUGCGAUAGGGGAAUUUCAUCAGAACAAAGAUGGUGGGAUGUUCAUAGAUUCCUGCUAUGCUCAUUGCCAGACAGUCAUGUCAGUGACAUGGCAUUCCCCAACCUCAACAAGAAUCGAAAAUAAAACAAUUGCAGAAUCUGUAGGUGACUGGUACUUCAACAGAAACCCGGUGAAGCUAAUCGAUUGUCCUUACCCGUGCAAUCCCUCUUGUUACAACUUGAAUUUGACAUGAACUUGCCUUAUUAUAUCCUCGUUGGCCAAUCCCUCUACUUUAUUUUUUCGAUUCACCGGAAGCUUCUUCAUCCAGGGAGCGUCGACUUCCUCUAAACUUCUCAAUCGGUUGAGUCCUAAAAGGUUUUCAUGUUCUUGAAGCUGAAGAUAUCCAGAGAAAGCCAAUUGCUUUGUUCCUGGUGUAGUUAAUCACAUAAGAGACUUCAUUACAAAAAGCAACAUGCAGUAUAUCACAAUAUAUCGUCUUCAUUUGAUCGAUAGUUACGCAAAUUGCCACUUGCCACUUGGCAGUCACAUAUGUAUAUUCUGAUUGUAACUUAUUUGUACAAGGAUUGUUUUUUAAUGUGGAUAUAAGUUCCAAAGUCAUGAGAACAGCA